UGGCCACAAAAAACUUCUGCAAUAGCAAAUUUUGUAGAAAAUGAAAAUUCCACACAAACUUGGCUUUACUUGUAUUUAGUUUUACAACUUGUUUUGUUUUCCUUAAAUUUUCUGUUUUACGUUUGUGCAUGUGUGCGUAUGGCGUUUUGAGGGAAUUUUAUUCGUGAGUACAUCUGAAAAUGGGGCUGCGUUGGUCGCGGCGGAGUUUAUCGGAGCGUACAUUCGCGUUCUCUGUUGUUGUUAUCCUUCAAGCACUACUCCAAGGAAUUCUCGUUCCUGUACAUGCAGCUUCUCCCUAUGGAAUCGGAUCAUUUGGUGACAAUGGAGUGUAUAACAUUGUUAUUAGUAAGAAACGUGUGGAACCACAGAAUGAAGCAAUCGAGGAGGCGGCUGGCAGCUAUGUGACGAUGCUCAAUCGCAAAGGCAGGCCAUUUCGCUGUUCCAUCCCUUCCAUUCCGGCGCGAGUGGACGAGAAGGAUAAAUUAAUCAACCUCACCACAUCCCAUAUUGAAGAGAUCCUUAUUCCCGUGGAAAGCAAUCGGCAAUGCAUACAAUUGGUGACGUCAGGCUGGUGGCAUUACGAAUUUUGUUAUGGGAAAAAUAUUGUACAAUUCCAUCGUGAGAACGGAGUAAAGGUGCCUCCAAUUAUCGAGUUGGGAAAAUAUUCGCAUUCUCAAGAUUGGUCGGGUGUGUCGAAGGAUGCGUUGAAAAAGAAGCCACAAGAUCGAUACCAUAUGCAGUAUUUUGUCAAUGGAACAGAAUGUGAUCUGACCAAUCAACGACGCGAAACUCGCGUGAAGUUUUUCUGUGACACUCACAAAUGGCCUACCGAUUACAUUGAGUCCGUGACCGAGCCGCAGUCUUGCAUGUACGAGGUCAACAUAUUCUCUCGCCGUCUUUGCUCCAUUCCGUAUUUCAAGAAAGAGGAACCUGUCAUUGGCGAAAUUACCUGUAAUCCAGUCAACGUUCCCAAAUCUGACAAGAAAAAGACGAAGAAAUCCAGUGACCCCCUUGUAAUCAUGGGAAAAGAUCUCGUGGAAAAUUUACUGAACGAAGCGGCUUCACCUGUUCCGGAAUCGGAAAUGACCGACAUUAAAAUCGUCCCCGGUGAAUCGGACAGCGAAGCGGGUAUUCAAAAUGAGUUACGGCAGGCCAGCGAAAAAAUGGAUUACAAGUUGUUCAAAAAUUCAAAAUUCUUCAUUGAAAAAGACGCCAGUAUGCGUGCCAAGCAGAGCUCUGCAACAGGAAAGCCGCUAACGGCGGACGAAAGCGACGAAGAAGAAGAAGACCUCCAUGCGGAAGUGGAGAAUGCAGCCAAAUCACCGAAUACUGGUGCGCCCGUAAGCUUCAUCGAGCAGGCCAAAAUUCGUGCCAUAUUCCGGGGUUUGGAUUGGGUGGAACGGGAAGAUAUUGCCAAGGCGCUCUUGCGAAUAGACUUUAAGAACUUGGGAAAGUUGUCGGAAGACGAGGAUCUGAUACUGCAGAAAUUCGCACGGAUUCUGAAAAUGUCUAAAGGAUUUGCAGUUGAAGAUGAGAGUAUUAGGAAAGAAGCUAUUAGGUCGUGUUUGGAUGAAUAUGCCGAAAUGGUGGAAUUGUUUGUGUCGAGCCCUAACGUCCGUGCGGUUUUCCAAGAUUCCUAUGAAGAAGUGUUCCGGUUGCUGCAUUCCAUGAUGAAAAUAUUUGUUGCAGAAAAUGAGGCAGAAGAAAUUGUGGAAGCGAAGGAAUCGGAAUCGGAUGAAGAGUCGCUACCGGAUGAUAUUGAAAUCACUGAAGAAAUGUUAGGCGAUGGAAUGAAGUUAGCAGAAGCUAUCAAAAAGCUGGACUUUUUUGCUCUCGCUCCACUUUUACCGGCUGAGGAAACUUUGUUUGAGGCACUGGUCGAUAUUAGUGAGCGCAUGAUGGAAGCUCACAUGUUGUAUCCAGUUCAGCCGGAGGAUGUGUAUACGCUCAUGGAAAGUUUUGAGGAUGAACUGGUGGCGGUUAAGCGUUCCAUGGAUAAGAAUACAGAAGCGAGGAAACUCUUUAAGCACAAGUUAAACCAGUUUAUUCGACUGCUGUUGGCAUCGCUGAACCACUGGUUUGCUGCCGCACCACUCGAUGAUUCCACUCCCCAGGAAAAGGCAGCCACACUGAAGGACGAUGUCGCAUAUGCGGAAAAGUGGGCAAAGAAAGCUGUGCAGAUGGCAAAGGGGAGUCCAGCUGGGGACAUUACACCAGAAAAAAUAUACGCAGACUCUGAUCAAGUGGUAGAAGCAGUGCAGGAUCUCGAUGAUGCCGAGGAUGAGAUGAGCAGUGAUGAAAAAAGCGUAUCUCUACUAAUCUGGAAGGGAAUGGAGAAAACUGCUAUUCUCGCAUCGAAAGAUCGCUCAGUCAACUCUGAGGAGAAACGAGCUGCGUUGCGGAAGGCCCGUGUGAUAAUGAAAUACGUUGCGGAGUUAUUAAAGGAUCCCACGAAAAAUAUACGCCCAAGCAUCAGAGAGAAAUUGCUAGAGCGAGUGGAAACCAUGAUUGCGUCGUUGGGCAAGUACGAGAAAACGGAAAAAAGUUUAACAGAAAUCCGGGAAGCUCGACAAAAACUGGAGGCUGGAGCCGAUUUCGAAACGUGGUUGAAGCAAUAUGCCAAGACUAUCGAGAAAGCCAACGCGGUGCAUGCUGAAAAUGUGAAGGAUCAAGUGAAAGUCAAGCAGCCAGUAUCGGCUAAGAAACAAGAUUCCCCAUUCCUUCCUUUCGGUCGGACCAUCACCGGUAAAGGCACACAACCAAAAUCCAAAGCCGUUAAAUUUGGUGAUAUUAUUGCGGAUAUGAACCCGACUAAUCGGAAAAUCCGUGAGAUUGAGGACCUGAUUCGGGAAAAGCUGCAGUCGAUGGGCGGUGGACCCAUUGAGAUUAAACUGGUGACUGGUGGUGAUCGGAUGGCCGGAAUGGGAGAUAUCGACAUGCACCAGUUGGAGCAUAUUAAAAAGAGUCUGGCGGGUGCGUUUGCGGCGCAGUUACAAGGGGUGUUUCAGCAGCAGUUCUCGGUGAAUGAGCUAGAGGAAAACUAUAGCCUCGAUGACGAUGAGGAUUAAUUAACCCCGUUGGAAAUUCGCUUAAUUUGAACAGGUAUUCCAUAAAGCCUUUGUGAUAGCCACGAGUAAUCUUUUGAAAACGGUGCAUGUUUUUAAAAUCUUUGCCAGUUUUUUUAGACGAUUGACUCAUUGUUAUAAAGUUAUCAGUACUGUACUCUGAUGGGCAUGUCCGUAAUCGUUCAUCGGUUUUGUGAUCAUUGGGAACUGUUCGAAAUUGUAUUGUAUUGCCCUUGGUUUUGGAAAAUUAUGUUCAUGGUAAAUAUAACGAACAAUUCUACAUACAUAGUACUUUUGUUCUGUUGAAAUUUUGGCCUUGUAAGGCAUUAGCAGUCCGUCCGAUUGCUGGAAUGAAUAAAACGUCAUGGCCAAGGCCCAAU